ACAAAACCAACACCAAUUCUGCUCUGACCUCUCAUUCUGACCGUUAGGGUUUCAGUCUCUGCAUCAUCUCUCCAAGGGAACUGAAGAAGAAGAUGGUGAAAGCAUAUGCACAAGAGCAUGUUUACAAGCAUCCUUGGGAGCGAGUGACUGCUGCAUCUUGGCGCAAAUAUGUUGAGCCUGAGAACAGGCGUAGUUUGUCCCACAUCCUUGAAGUUGACACAUUGAAUCGCAGACUUGACCCUGUUUCUGGGAAGCUUUACACUACUCGUGGCCUCACCGUUCAUGCUCCAGGGCCAUGGUUUCUUCACAAGAUUGUUGGUCAGGAUAUUUGCCAAUGUGUUGAAUCAACAGUUGUUGAUGCAAAGGCACAGUCGAUGGAGCUUACUACUCGGAACAUCAGUCUCCAGAAGUUCAUAGAAGUGGAAGAGAAGGUACGGUAUGAUCCUCACUCAGAUAAUCCAACUGAGUGGACAGUUUGUCGCCAGGAGACCAGUAUUCGUAUUAAGCCACUAUCAGCUCUGGCAUCAAUGGCAGAGAAGAUAGAGCAAAGAUGCGCAGAGACGUUCAUGCAGAAUAGUGCAAAGGGUCGUGAGGUUAUGGAGCGGAUCUGCAAGUAUCUCGAGGCUGACUCUCCCAUGAUGGCUCCUCCCCUGUGAUUCUAACUCAAUAUACAUUUUUCCUUCAGGGUUUGUCAAACUAGAAUAGAGUAGGGUAGAGAAACUAGAGAAGAACAGGAGAAUGGAAGAGUGGAAACCGUGAAGGUUUCCUUCUGUUGGUCUUUUUAGUUUUGACACAUGCUAACGAAGUUCAAAUGCAAUUAUGUGGAGGUCAGGCUUUUGUCGAUUAAUUUUGUAUUCCAGUUUGGGAAUCGAAAUAGAGAUCAACUGAUGCA